AUGCCCGCUCCUCAAAAAACACGAAUGACCAAGACCCGCGGGUCAGAAGAGGAGUUUGUUCUCUUCCUCCAGGGGAUUCCAGCCCACUGUCGUUGGCAAGAGCUUAAGGAUAUGGUGCGGCAGACUGCGCUACAUAUCCGACAAGCGGUGGUAUACGACGACAAUCAUGGAUUUCCUACCGGACUGGGCCAAAUCAUCGUGAAGAAUGAAGAUGAAGCGUGGCGGACCUACCACAGAUUAUCCACCAACGGCUGGGAGGGACAGAGUCUGGUGGUCACGUUGGCUCGCACCAGUUCACCCACUCGUCCAAUUGCUGGGCCGACCAAGAGUCCAACCUGCGUGAUUCCCCCCAAUUAUGUGGCUGGUUACUCGACUCCCCCGCGAGUCACCCAGAACCUGGCCGUGCCACCGUCUCCCAUGACCCCAGAGCCGGUGAUGUCUACCAGCCCGACGUACCAAAGCCCCGAGUACGGAGCGCAGAUGAUGAGCCCCAUGGGGAUGCCUCCUCAACCGUUCCUGCCCAUCUUCGCAGAUCCUCUAUCCCAACCAAUCCCCGGAAUUCCACCCUCUCCAGCCCUCCGGUCGUUCUGUGACCCCAAUCUUGCCUUCGCCAUUCUCCCGCCCUACGCGCUCUCCCCAAUGCCUCACCCUCUUCACGAAGCCUCUAUCAAUGCCAUGCGCAUGAACAACGGCUCCGCCAACAAGCCCAUGUACAGCCACGCGAUGCCCACUCGGAACAUCAACCUCAACCCCAACUCGCCUAUCUUCCCCGCGCCGUGUCGAACGGCACCAGGGUCCGGUCCUCCAACUCAGCCCACCUUUCGCAAAACCGUCUUCAUCCAAAAUCUCAGCACCACGACCACCAAGGCAGAUCUGGAGACCUUCCUCCAGGGCCCUAACACCAACAAUAGCAUCGAGCAGAGCGAGCUACCCGUAGACGCCGAGACGGGCCGCUGCAAGGGCUUUGCGCGGGUGACAUUCUAUCACGCCGACGAGGCCAAGCGCGCCGUCGCCCGAUACAACAAUGCCAUCUUCAUGGGGGCCAAGAUCCGCGUGAAGAUCGGCCGCAGCAUCCAUGGCGCGUAUAGUUUGGCCUCCCAGAACCCUCCGCCACCGACACAUCCGCGGCCCACUCACGGACUCGAAAUCCCUACCAUUCCUUCCAACACUCCUGACACCACCGCACGCCAUGCCGUCGCACCGGAGACCCCUGCAGAAAACAAGAGGAGGGUUUCUCCAGUCAUUCCCCAGACUGCCCCUAACUCUGGAGCGCGAAAGGAAUCCUUGCCCAAGGCAGACCGAUGCCAACCAUUGGUUGUGAACGGGUCAGGGAUCGGAAGGAGAGCAGUAGCCACUUGA